AUGUUUAUCCCGACAUAUCGCAGUGUGACAACGGAUACGAUAAGUUUUUUAUCGCGGAGAAGACGCUUUUUUCUAUCGGAAAAGUCUUCAUGGGAUGCACGAACAAAAAAUGAAAAAAUGUUAAAUUGUAAUGCACAAUCAAUUUAUUAUAGAUAUUUAUGUAAGAAGAACAACGAUGAAAAUAGUCAACAUUCUUAUGUUAAAUCGUAUUUUAUUGCAAUAACUGUUUGGAUGUGUGAAGAGAAAAAUUUAAAUGAUUUAGAUGUUGAAAAUGAUAAUGAUAUUGGCAAAGUAUUAGCUCAGAUGUGGAUUGAUUAUGCAACUCGAUUAUUGGAAAAAUGUGAUUUCAUUGAAAACUUGAAUAUUUUAGAACGAUAUUCUACGGAUGUAUUAGUAACAGCAGUUCAAACACUUAAAUUUCAUAUUAACUUAAACGACUCACUUGGAUUAGAAUUAGUUCAAGAACUUAAACAAAUAGAACCAUAUGAUUAUGGAAAUAUUAAUCAUUUUUUGAAAGAUUAUAUACAAGACAGAUAUAUAUUAGUUCAAUUUUAUGAAAUUGAUAAUCAGGAAACAAAUAAUUGGUUUCAAUGGAAAAAACUAUUUAUUGAUAAAGACUUUGCCAGUGAUGAUGAUGAUGAUGAGUUAGUUCAAACAUCAUUAUUUCACAAGAAUGAAGCGCGCAACAAAUCCACAAUCAGUCCAAAACUAUUUACAUCCAAUUUAUGUGUAGCAGUUGGAUCCAAGAAGAAUAGUUAUUCCAGUAUUUUGACAAUAAUAUAUUCAUCUUCUAUAGAAGUACGAUUAUACGCAGGUUUACUAUUGCCAACACUGUUCGAACAUAAUCUUUCAUUUAUAUUUAACAAUCGUACUGUAUUAACAGGUCACGUUGAAGGUUCAAGCACUCAUGAUUUACUUGAUAAUUCAAAUUUAAAUUAUGCAAUGACAAUAACUAUAAUAAAUAAUUUGGAUAUAAAAUGUCCACAUUUGGGAAAAUUAUUUCUAUCAAGCACAAUUUUAAAAUUACUAAUUGAUUAUCAGUUGGUAUUACAAGAAAUGUAUUCAUAUCAACUGUCGAAUGAUAUUUUAUCAACCGUAGUCUGUAAAUGGUUAUGUCAAAAAAGUAAUGAAAACAGUGAUCAUGAUGGUAUAUUCUAUUCUGAUUGGUGUUUAUUAUUACCAUUAUUUAGCCUACGAAAUAGAUCACAAAUGGAUAGAUUUUCUUGUUUAUCAGAUAAAAAUAUUAUUUAA